GGGGCACGCAUUAUAUAGUGAAUUUUCGCAAGUUAUUUUCCAAUACCACCGCCCCCAAAACGCAACCGACGCCAAUCCAGCCGUGAUCGCUGAUGUACAAAACGUCCGCUGCCAUGCUACAGCCAUGAUCCCAAAGUUUGGGAAUCAUUGAACAAGAAAUCGCCGCUCCCGGCCGCUCCAACCGCCCAAAAUGCCCCCCCCCGGCCCGAAAAGCAUGAAAAUCACGACCACCGCCCCGAAAACGCGACGGACGCCGAUUCAGCCUUGGUCGCCGAUACGGAUCCGAGCAGAACUGGCGUCGCUAGUCUUUGCCGACCACCCAAAACGACCCAGGAGCCGCAAAAACACGAUUGUUGAGAAGCGCUUCCACACACUCCGAAUCUUUCACCGCCUCUACACCACUCAAGCGGCCUUGCUCAUCCCCCUCCGCCGUAUUUUUACACCCGCGUGGUUUCAGAUUGGCGACGAAACCUUUUCGGACCAUCUGAUUGGCUCGGAAGUUUCGCCCAGCUACAUCGUAUCUGUGCCAGCGAACAUUCCAGAACUUUCAUCUCCCUCCCAGUAA